UUUUUGUGAUACAAGCUGAGAAUGGACGUCACCUCCAUGAGGAUGAUUUUGGUUUUUGUCCUGUUUGUGUGGAUGGAACAGACAAACGCUUUCAACUCUCCAGAUUGCGAGUCAGUUGUAAAUAAUACACUGAAAAGUCCACAUUAUCCAGAUGACUACCCCAGCGAUGUGUACUGUUCCUAUAAUAUUCCAAUUCCAAAUAACUCGGCACUGAUUAUUACUUUUGAGUACUUCCACCUGGAGAAAGUUGACGGGUUAUUAUGCACCCAAGCUGACUAUGUGCAAAUAAGGUCCAGCUUUGGGCAAAAUCUUGGUACGUUCUGUGGCGAGUGGACUGGGAAAACGAUAGUCUCUCUAGGAAAGUAUGCGCAGAUAACUUUCCAGUCGGAUUCAAUGUUUCAAGAACGCGGAUUUCUAAUGCAUUUUUGGACUGGUCUAAUUGGCAAUCUUACAGUACCUGGAUUCUCUAACGAAUGUGGCUCAGUCGUGAAUAACACACUGAAGAGUCCUGGAUAUCCGAACGAUUAUCCCAUAGAAUCGGAAUGCAACUAUUCUGUUCCGAUCCCAAAAGGAAUGGCAAUUUUGGUCACUUUCCAUUAUUUUUUGUUGGAGGUUAUUGACUCGUCAUGCGAGUUGGCCGACUCCUUUUCGGUUACAAAUGACAAAGGUCAGACGUUUGGUACGUACUGUGGGGAGUGGACUGGUAAAGAAAUUCUCGUAACGGGUGACUUUGUAUUAAUGACGUUCAUAUCAGACGAGUAUGGUCAGGAGAGAGGAUUUGAGAUAUACUUCACUGCUGUUCCGUUUGGUAACGGUACAAAGUUCUCGAGUAUCAAUGAUACAGAGUGUGGCUCAGUGGCUAAUAACUCACUGAAAAGUCCAGGGUAUCCUAAAAACUAUCCAAACAAUGCACACUGUGUUUACGUGGUUCCAAUUCCGAAAAAGACAGAGUUGAUCAUCUCUUUCUUUGAUUUUGAUAUUGAGGAUACUUAUCCAUGUGUAAAUGACUACGUUAUGAUCACUGAUGCGAACAACAAGACGAUCGGUGAAUACUGUGGUAAUUACAAUGAUCAUCAGAUUGUUGUGGCUGGAAAUUACGUCAUGAUAACAUUCCAUUCAGACUACAGUUUUCAGCGGAGAUUUUUGCUAUCUUUCAGUUUUAUUCCAAUAGUUUUGCCAAAAGUUAUGUUACGAAUGUCUGUCAUACGAGCACUGCCCGGAUACAAGUGGUCUUGCCCUGUCAUUGGAACCGCUCCUGUGUACAUAGCCAUUAAAAUGAACUCCGUACUACUGAUAAAUACAACAUGGACUACAAAAAUAACGUUUCACCAAGACGCGAACUACUCCUGUAUCGCCUCUAGCAAGUAUGGUACAGAUGUUAGAAACUUUACCGUGGUUUUUAACGAUUGCAAACCUCAGUGCAAUUAUGGAUGGAGGCACUUUUUCGGAAAUACUCUUCUCUGCAAGAACCUAUCGUCGCCAUUGGAUGUAAUUCAGUGUGCCCCUGGAAUAACUGAAAACAUGAAUGUGUCCUUUAGCAAAUUAGCUAAUGUUUCGGAUGACAUGUUUUCUUAUCUAGAGUCUGUGCGGUUCCUGUAUCUAUCUGCAAACGACAUGGAAAUCCUCCCGGAAAAACUUUUCUCCCGGACGGUUCGCCUGGAAAAGCUAAACUUGAAGGCAAAUAAAAUUACUUUUCUUCCACAAAAUGUGUUUUCUUCUCAGGAGAAACUACAAAUACUGGAUUUGUCUUCAAAUGCCAUUUCGGAUUUAUCGACAGAAUUGUUAUCUCCAUUAAAAAACCUGUUUGAGCUUAACUUGGCGUAUAAUAACAUUCAAAACAUAUCUGCGGAUACGUUUUCUCCUCUGGCAAGCUUGGAAUAUCUGUUUUUGACUUCCAACGCUAUUUUAUCUCUACCUGCCGAUGUUUUCAGCAAACUGGACAAACUAUACUUUAUAGGUUUAUCCAUAAAUGGCUUUGCCUUUCAAGCUGACGAAGUGUUAAUCUUACCGCUGCAUCUAGAGCAACUAGACCUGCAAGCAAACGCCAUUACAUUUUUACCAGAAGGUGUCUUUCAUGGCCUUGAAUAUCUUGAAUGGCUAAGCCUUGCUAACAACAGCAUUCAAAACCUCUCCGUCAAUUUAUUUUCUAGUCUUCGUUAUUUAACAAAUCUGUUGAUGGCCUCAAACGAUAUUUAUCACUUACCUGCUAAGUUAUUCCGACGUACUGGAAGAUUAAUUUUACUAGAUCUCUCUUCCAAUAAAAUUGCGGAAAUACCAAGGGAUUUGUUUUGUUGCACGGCUGAAUUAGAGACUUUGUACCUCACGUCAAAUAAUAUCGCCAAACUAAACUGGGAUGUGUUUGCCAGCCUUUCAUACUUAAGGCAUUUAGAUUUGUCUUACAACAAGAUACGGAACUUACCAGAAAACUUGUUGUGUUGCACGACCUCGGUAUUCCAAUAUUUUUCCUUGCAGGAUAACUCGUUAAGCUAUCUAUCUAACGAGACUUUCGCCAAAUCUUCUUGGCUCCAAUACGUAUUCUUGAGCGCAAACAACUUGACGACUAUACCAUAUCGGGCUUUCUACAAUCUAAUAAAUGCAGAGAUAAUAAUUCUGUCAGACAACCCUAUAACGACUAUCGAACAAGAAGCAUUUAAAACUGGAUUUUUUGAUCAUUUCUUCCUAAGAAUAUAUUUGCUGCGGACGAAGUUGAAGAUGUUGAGCUUGGAGUAUCUCUCUGGAUUAAGUCAAGCGUCUGCUAAAAUAGUGAUAAACGAUAGAACGCUUGCAACCGUGCACUAUUCGUCUCGCCAUAAUAGAAAAGCUCUCUGUUCAGUUUACCUGAAUCCAGUUGAUUCUGAAGGAGAAGGCAUCAUGGUCGACAAUAUCGCAAUAACUGUACAAAGGGCUUUUGGUGCUGCUUUGAAAGCGUCAGGAUUUGGGCGUAUUCACGUUAAUACCACGAACCGGAACAUUCAUUUUCCUUGCCCAUUAGGGACAUUUUCAAAUUCUUCAACUAAAGGAGAACAAGGCUGCACUCAGUGCACCCCAGGUGGUUUUUAUUCAGAUGUUCUCGCCCACGUUGGGAUAAAUUGCAAGAAAUGUCCAACUGGUUCCUAUGUUCCCUUUGAUAAAGCUCCCGGAAAGCAAAAACAAGAUUGCAAAUCUUGCCCAGAAGGUAAAAGGUCUUAG